AUGACAGACAUCACCGUAAAAAAGACGGCAGUCCUUCAACUCGUACGGCAUAUAUUAUCUAAUGAGUGUAUAAAGCCAACAGAAGGCCAAACACCAUUGCAGUUACCAGAGAAGUAUGAAGAUCUCAGAGAUGGGGCCUUGUUGUAUCGUAUUCUCUCUCACAUUGCCCCGCAAAGUUUCCCCGACGCGAAUGAGAUGGCCGAACAAUCACCAGCGAGUAGAAUGAAUAAAGUCGUACGUAAAGAAAAUCUCUUAUCGCUUGUAAAGCAUAUGAAUGACUAUGCCCAUCAAGCCUUGGGAGCACCCGAUACACUUAAUCUUAUUCAACUCCUGAAUGCCGAAGAUAUAGCGAAUUCCCCUGCCUUAAAUAGGGAUGAAACCAACACGGAAUCUGAAAAGAAAAAAGAAGAAGAGGAAGAAGAAGAAGAUAAGGGAUUCCUCUGCUUAAUGGAAUUAACGGAUAUAUUUAUCGUAAUGGUGGUGUUGAGUGGGGAUUCCACUAUUAUGCAGGCAGUGAAGUCUCUCCCACACGCCCAUCAAGUGAUUCUCUCCAACACGGCAAAGAUGUGUAUUACCAAACACGCCUUACGUCCUCGUAGACGUGCAGAGACGACCACAUCUGCAGAUUCCCAUCAUUCAAGUGUUGUUGGGUCCAGUCACGGUGGUCCCUCUUCUCGCAGUACACAACAGCAGCCCUCUUCUUUAAUGGAGGAGUCUUCACAGAGUGCAUUUGUGCAGCAACUGCGACGGGAACUGGAUGAUAGUAACGCAAAGGUGAUGGAAUUGGAAUCCACUCUACAACUCACAUUAAAAGAGAAACAGGAAUGGGAGUCAAAGUAUAAGAAGAUGAUGGCAGAGACAGAGGAACUACGAGUGGCAUUUGCAGGAGAGGAACAUUUACGGCAACUCUUAGCGAAGAAGGAUGAGACGGUGAAGACACUCACGGCAACCGCGGAAGAGUAUUCAAAAAAAAUUUCAGCCUUUAAAGAAGCCACUGCUUUACAGGAGACUGCACUUAGUGCUAUGAAACGUAAAUUAAAACAAACAGAAGAAGAAUUAAUUAAAAAAAAUUCAGAAAGACGUGAGGCAUUAGAAAAACUUUCAUUAGCAGAAGAGAGAUUAACAGCUCAAGUAAAUGCUAGAACCGAUCUUGAAAAACAAUUGGAAGAUUUACGUGCAGAAUUAGCACUUGUUAAAGUUCAGAAUCAUCAUACGAACGAUGAUGGUGAAUCUCGUCUUAAUCGAUCUUUCGGUUCUGUUAACUCUAUUGAUCGUGUUGUCAUGUUAGAGAAUGAAUUAGAUGAGGCACGUAGUCAAAAAGAUGCGGCUGAACGUUUAUUGCAUGUAUUACAACGUCAAGUCGCAUCUCUUCCAUCGGAAGGGUUUAAACCAGAUGCGGCAUUAGAUGCUCUUAAAACACAAAUACGACAAUCUGAAAAAGAAAAGGAAGAACUACGCAAUCAACUGGCUUUGACAGUGGCGAGAUUAGAAGAGGCACAAACACGAUGGAGAGUUGGUGGGAGUCAAAGUAUGAUUGACAGUGAGACUGGGAGUUUCAUGGCGGGAAGUAAAGCAGGCGGUAAAGAUGUGGAUGGGGCCAACACACAACAAGAUACCACAGAGUCUGUUGGAGUGCAAUCACGUACACGUGAGAGUAGUGAUGGAUCACGGCGAGAACAGACAUUAUUGGCAUCUACGGUAUUACUGCUUGGUUAUCGCAAUUUAGUCUUACAACAACGGGCCCUGUUGGAGAAUGGACUACCCGAUUCUACUUUUUAUAGGAGAGGAAUAGAGUUAGAGAGUGAGCGGCCGGCGGUGGCGGGUUCAUUCCUUACACAACACCGCUGUGAAGUGGAGGAGGGAUUAGUGCGGUCUGUGCUCUACCGUAAUGAGUGGAAUCAUUGA